AUGCCCGUCCUGAACUCGAUGGGCAACCUCGAGGCUGUCCGGGCGAUGAUGAAGGAGAGAGAGGUCGAUGCAUAUGUCAUUCCCUCUGAAGACGCUCACUCCUCAGAGUACCUUGCGCCUUGUGACGCCCGCCGAGCCCACUUGACAGGCUUCACCGGCUCUGCUGGGACUGCGGUAGUCACGCAGACUGAAGCGAGAUGCUGGACUGACGGAAGGUAUUGGCUGCAAGCGGAGAAGCAGCUUGGCGAGGGAUGGACUUUGAUGAAGCAUGGUCUGCCCGACGUGCCGGCCUGGGGAAAGUGGCUUAAAGAGGAGUUGCCCAAAUCCUCAAAGAUCGGCAUCGAUCCCACUGUCCUCCCCUUCUCGGAGUACAAGAACCUCUCCAAGUCACUCGCUGAAGACUCUAUCAACUCCCUCCUCGUACCCCUGCCUGACAAUCUUAUCGACACCAUAUGGUCAGACCGUCCCGCUCGGCCGACCAAUCCCGUCUUCCAGCUGGAAGACAAGUAUACCGGUCAGGGCGUCGAGGAGAAGCUGCGGAUGAUGCAGGAUAAGCUGAGGCGGAUUGGGAGUCCAGGGAUGGUCAUUGGACAGCUGGACGAGGUGGCCUGGCUGUUCAAUCUCAGAGGGAGCGAUAUCCCAUACAACCCGGUAUUCUUCACGUACGCCAUCCUCACCCCGAACGAUUGCCGGCUAUUCGUCAAUCCUGCUUCGCUAUCCGAGGAAGUCAGCGACUAUCUCAAGCGCAGCGGGGUGACGGUAUCAUCAUACGACGAGUUCUGGACAUCGCUUACUCAGUGGGGAGAGGGAGUUCGCGCGGAUAGGGUGUCAAAAGGCAUCCCUGGACUGGGCUCGCAGCACUUCUCGGAUGCCAACGGGCAUGUGGAGGCAAAGCCUGUUAAGACACCCGGCGGGAAGGCAGCUGCGGAUGAGGAGAAGCUAAUUAAGACGGACAAGGUCAUCGUAGGAAACAAGACGAGCUGGGCUGUCGCACAGGCUAUUGGCGAGGACCACGUCGAAGCGCGACGAUCUAUGAUCGAAGACACGAAAGCACGUAAGAACCCGGUUGAGAUUGAGGGCUUUAGGCAAUGUAACAUCCGAGAUGGAGCCGCGCUCGUCCGCUACUUCUCGUGGCUGGAGGAGGCGCUCGAGAAGGGCGAGAGCUGGACCGAGUAUGAUGCUGCCACAGUCCUGGAGAACUACCGAAAAGAGAACAAGCUGUUCAAGGGCUUGAGUUUCACGACCAUCUCUUCCACCGGUCCUAAUGCUGCUGUCAUUCACUAUGCUCCGCCUAAGGAGGGAAGCGCUGUCAUCGAGAAGGACGCAAUGUAUCUCUGCGAUUCGGGAGCUCAAUACUUGGACGGCACCACCGAUACUACCCGAACCUGGCACUUUGGCGCCCCAUCGGACGAGCAGAAGCGCGCUUUCACCAGAGUGCUCCAAGGGCACAUUGCCAUAGAUACUAUGGUCUUUCCACAGGGAACAACCGGCUACAUCUUGGACGUGAUUGCACGUAGACCUCUCUGGUCGGACGGACUGGAUUUCAGGCAUGGGACCGGCCACGGCGUCGGCGCCUUCUUGAAUGUCCACGAGGGCCCACAAGGUAUAGGACAACGACCAGCCUACAACGACACCCCUCUCCAGGCCGGACAUGUCAUAUCGAAUGAGCCGGGAUACUACGCCGACGGGCGAUGGGGCAUUCGGAUCGAGAAUGUUGUGGUCACUCAGCCGGCGGAGACACUCCAUAAUUUCGGGGAUAAGGGGUAUCUCAAGUUUGAGCACUUUACCAUGUGUCCGAUACAUACGAAGCUGGUUCUGCCUGAGUUACUGACGGAGAGCGAGCGAAAGUGGCUCAACAGCUACCAUGCUGAGGUAAAGGAGAAGGUGACUCCGAUCUUGAAGGAGUUUGGGGAUGACCGAGCGCUGCAGUGGCUCGAGAAGGAGUGCCAGCCUAUCUGA